AUGCUGAAGCCCGGAGACCCCGGCGGAUCCGCGUUCCUGAAGGUGGAUCCCGCCUAUCUGCAGCACUGGCAGCAGCUCUUCCCUCAGAGCAGCCAGCUCAAAAGCAGCGGGGCCCUCGCCCAGCUUCAGCCGCCCGAAAGAGCCGAGCCCCCGGCUGAUAGCCUCCGCCAGCGCCCGACCUCCCUCUCCUCCGUCUCCUCCUCCUCUUCCUCGUCCACUCCGUCUUCCUCCUCCACCUCCUCGUGCGUCGCCGCGGCGGCCGCUUCCCUGGCCGGCCUGACCUCUCUGCCUGUGACCCAGCUCCCAGUCUUCGGCUCGCUACAGAGCUCGGAGCUCCCGGCCGCAGGAGCGCCCGCUCCCCUGCAGAGCAAGGACUUGUGCGCGACCGUCAGCGGCGGCGGCAAAUGCGGCGACCGUGCUCGGUACCGCUGCACGGCCGAGGAGCUGGACUACUACCUGUACGGUCAGCAGCGCAUGGAGAUCAUCCCCUUGAAUCAGCACACCAGUGACCCCAACAACCGCUGUGACAUGUGUGCUGACAACCGCAACGGUGAGUGCCCUAUGCAUGGGCCCCUCCACUCCCUGCGCCGGCUGGUGGGCACCAGCAGUGCAGCCGCAGCAGCCCCUCCACCUGAGAUCCCAGAGUGGCUCCGGGACUUGCCCCGGGAGGUGUGUCUGUGCACCAGCACUGUGCCUGGCCUGGCCUAUGGCAUUUGUGCAGCACAGAGGAUUCAGCAGGGCACGUGGAUUGGGCCCUUCCAGGGAAUCCUGCUCUUACCAGAGAAGGUUCAAGCAGGUGCCAUCAGGAACACUCAGCAUCUCUGGGAAAUAUAUGACCAAGAUGGGACACUGCAGCACUUUAUCGAUGGUGGAGAACCCAGUAAGUCAAGCUGGAUGAGGUAUAUCCGAUGUGCGAGGCACUGUGGAGAGCAGAACUUAACAGUGGUUCAGUACAGGUCCAAUAUAUUCUACCGGGCUUGUAUAGAUAUUCCCAGGGGCACUGAGCUGUUGGUGUGGUACAAUGAUAGUUACACAUCUUUCUUUGGAAUCCCUCUCCAGUGCAUUGCACAAGAUGAAAAUUUGAAUGUCCCUUCGACUGUAAUGGAGGCCAUGUCCAGACAAGACACCCUACAGCCAUUUAAUAAAAGUAGUAAACUAUCCCCUACCACUCCACAGCGAUCCAUAGUAUUUCCGCAGACUCCAUGUAGCAGAAAUUUUUCUCUCCUGGAUAAGUCUGGGUCCAUCGAGUCAGGAUUUAACCAGAUCAGUGUCAAAAACCAACGAGUUCUUGCAAGCCCAACUUCAACAAGCCAACUAAAUUCUGAGUUCAGUGACUGGCAUCUUUGGAAAUGUGGGCAAUGCUUUAAGACUUUCACCCAGCGGAUCCUCUUACAGAUGCAUGUGUGCACGCAGAACCCUGACAGGCCCUACCAGUGUGGUCACUGCUCCCAGUCUUUCUCCCAACCUUCAGAGCUGAGGAACCACGUAGUUACGCACUCCAGCGACAGGCCUUUCAAGUGUGGCUACUGCGGUCGUGCCUUUGCUGGUGCCACAACACUCAACAAUCACAUCCGGACACACACUGGGGAAAAGCCCUUCAAGUAA